GCAUCUUAAAAUAAAUUAGGCAUCCUUUUUUGUUGCACCAUAUCUCGGUUAGUUUGAAUGUAAUCGAAAUUUAACAGUGCGGUCGUUUUAAAGGUCUUUUCAGGCAGUACAUACUUACAAAAGAUACUGGUAGCAUACUUUUAAAAUCGACCAUUUCUUUGUUAUUUUAAGUUGAACACACCGAUUUGAACAUGCACAAAAAAAUUCUUUCACCUACCAUAUCUCUUUUUAUAAUAUCACUAGAAGGCUGAUGAAGGAACGAAUCUCUUUGAUUUUUCAUAAGCUACAAAAAUGUUUAAUAUAGUUUUUUUUAGUUAGGCAUUCUGCAUACGGAGCGUAUCGUCAUAGACGCGUAUUAGAUGCGACGUACGAAAGGCAUACGCUUUCGUGCUGCUCACUUGUGUCUUUAUGGAAUACUGUACACGAAGCGUAAGCGGCGCGGAAUCGUCAACGCAGACAAGCUUCAAUCCGCCAGGCGUACAACGAUGUCAGUAGCUUGCAGUACAGAGAAUGGCGGAUCAAAUAUUAAAAUUUGUCCAACUGAUUGAAAAUUAUCAGUGUUUAUAUAAUAACACUCUACAAGAGUACUCCAGAAAAGACGUGACUGAAAAAGCGUGGUCAGCAGUAGCCAGGCAAAUACAGUGGUCAGAGGCUGAUUGUAAAGAAAAGUGGAAGAACAUUCGCAAUGGGUUUGUCCGGAGCCUAAAACCAUCCCCAUCUGGCUCUUCAGCAAAAGCAAAAAAACCUUACUACUUGCACGACGUUAUGCAGUUUGUAUUGCCAUAUAUAAGACCGGUCCAACAUUUAGAAAAUACUGGAAAUAUUUCGCUACCAGACACUGCGGUAUUGACGCAGCCAGAUGAAGAUGAAUCAUCUCAAGUACUGCCAAACGAAAACAUACCUGAAAACAAUACUGAAGAAAAUAAUAACACUUCAGUAAUAGAAUCAUCAAAACGUGUUCGGGAAACUAUCUCUAGCCACAGAAAAAAGAACAAAUGUAUUAGACAAGGCGACGUUGUUGAUCAAGCAGUUUUACAAUAUGUAAAUCAAAAAAAAAGAUAGGAAUACCCUAGAAUCACCAGAUGAUGAUCGAAAGAUGUUUCUUUUAAGUUUACUACCUGAUGUAAAAAGCCUAUCUGACAAAAAUUUACGAACGUUCAAAAUACAAACUCUAACGUUAAUCGAACAGUUAAUCACACAACAAGACCAAAAUAAUCUCACUCAACACUUUCCGAUAUACGAUACUUCAAGAAUAGACUAUCAGCACCACGAAUUAGCAUCACAUUCCUCAAGUGGAUUUUCAAUGAAUACAGUCGGCACACCCGAUUCUUCGCCCAAUGAUGUUGCCACAACUUCAUUUCAUAGAAUUAAUUGCAGCACAGUUACUACUGAUGACAUUUCUUCUCCUUCGACCAAUA